AAACUGUCUUAAAAUAUUCGUUCACAAGGUGUCGCUAAAGAGUACAACAGUCACUAUAGCAACAGAACGCACGCUACUGCAUCGUAUUUGUUUACGAGGAAUUAACACAGAAGAAUGGUGCGAGGCCUUUUAUUUAAUGUUAUAAUAACACAGGAUUCAUAAAGCUGCAGAUGACAGUGAUGCCAUGUUUAUAAACAAAGGCCAGCAAGAGUCGUAUAAUCUACAGAGCGUACAACAUGCAAGGAAAGCAAAGAAAGUCGUCCCGUCCAAGUUUGAAAGCAGACUUGCAGAUGCUGCUUUACGACAAGCAGCAGAAGGGGGAUACCUUAUAUCACCUUCGAGGUCAUUUCUCUUGGAAAGAUGCCAAACAGCGAAAACUCCAAAUCAAUCUUUACGAGAUAUUGAAUACAUUCAUUUGUCUCACUUUCAUAUCCGAACCCUUGGUCAUAUCCAGUCAUGCCGACAUUUGAGGGUCUGUAUAUUGAACAACAACUACCUUACAAGGUUCAAUGCUUUGGAAAAUUGUCCACAUUUGGUUCGUCUUGAUCUUCAUAGCAACCAGAUUACAAAACUACCUGAUGAAGGAUUUUGGAGAGAAAUGAAAAGUUUGCAAAUAUUAAACCUGCAUGAUAAUGGUAUUGGGAAGCUGGAUGAUAUACAAUCACUAUGUGUGUGUGUUAACCUUGUUGCAUUGACAUUGUACGACACGCCACUCAGUCUAAAAACAAACUACAGGCAUCACACAGUGAACAGCAUUUGGUCAUUGAAGGCGCUUGACCAUCAUGUGAUAGGAGAUGAUGAGAUCAUAGAAGAUGCUUUGUUCUCCAAACGUUUCAUGACCAUGAACCCCAGACUUUGGGUCGACUUAUGCCCCAAGCAAACUGAGCCAUUAGACGAAAGAACCAUUGAAUCUGAAAUGAAAGUUGUCAAAAAAAUUCUGUUUGAUGUCAAUAGGAUAUUGGUCCAUGGUUCCCCUGUUGUUGUAAUUCAACGCUGGGUUCGAGGCCACAUCUGCAGGAAAGCACUCAACAUAAGCUAUGAUCAAGUCCAAGAACGCCUUCGAAAACUUAAUUUUGUGGUGCAGGAGACACCUAGUGGUAGCCAGGUGGAUGAAGUAAAUCUUGAUUACGACACUUAUCUCAAGAACCGAAGACCAGGUUCAAAGACCCCAAGUGCAGCCACCACUUUAAGGAAUGAAACUCCUAUGACUAAACAACAAAACAAAGAAAAUCAGGAUGAAAAAGAUGAUUUUUCCCUAAAACUGUUGCCUUCUUCACUGCAUAUCAACCUAAACAAACUUGAACAAAAUGCUAUGCGUUCUUUCGACAACACAGGGGAGGAUAAUGUUACAAUACACAUCCAUAAAGAAAGUAUAUUGCCAACAAAGUCGCUCUUUUCAAAACCAUUGACGGUAACUUUUGUUGAAAAUGAAGAGAAAGAAGCCACUGAAAAACCCGCCAAGCAACUCGCUGCCCCUGUUUCCACGCCAACGAGUGCUCCAUAUAAAGUUGGGAGGCGUGACACAGUUACGGUCCAACAGAUGUUGGGACCAUCCUCCAACCUUGUUCACCCUAUGUUGAAGGAAACGCACCCCACACUUGGUACUCUAGUGGAAAACAGGGACAUGAGACACACGAGUAUGGACCCUGAUGUUACAAACCAUGAAUGGAGGGUUCAUGAUAAAGCAUUCAAAGUGGCCGGCGGAAAACCUGUGUAUUCAGAGCUUGAACCAACUCAGGAUCACUUAAUGAUGAACAGAGAAGCAGGUAGAGAUGUGAGGGAAGCUGUAGAUUAUUGGCAUGAACAAGAAUUCACCAAACCCACUGUUAAAGUCAAGAAACCAAAACCUGUACAAAGGUUGGUUGAUCAUGUGAGUCUCGCCACUUUAGCUGCAGUGUCGAACGCAUACAGAGAUCGUGACAAGAGCGACCAUCUUGCGUUAAAAGUUGAACGUGUUAUGCGGGUACAACAGGAAAAAAUGCAAGCCCGAAAUAUAGUAGCAGCAUUCAAAGAAGAAAAAAGAAGCAAUGCCUUACAUCAACGCCAAACUGAUAGGAUAAAAAUUGCGGAAGGUUUGCAACAGAAUGACCUUCACAAACAAUCGUACAUAGAAUAUGCACAAGAACGAAAGGAGAGAGCUCUGCAGAGACACCGUGCAGUUCAUUCGCAACUCAUGUUUGCUUCUGACUUUGGAAACCAACACACGUCUGUUAGUAAUGCAUUGAUCAGACAUGAUAGACAGGCUGCUGUUGAAGAUACUAAAGUAGAAAAGACAGAUAUUGUAAAUGGAGUGAAGCUCCAACUGACAGAGCAAGCAGAGUUAGUGAGACGUUACAUGGAGCAUAAACAACUGAUGAGACAAAUGGCAGGAGCACAAGAUAAAUCAAAGUUUGACGCACAAGCUUUACAAGAAGCCAAUGACCGUAUAUUGGCAGCAAGACAAAGGGUGGCGGGCAUCAAAGCAAGGAAAGCUGCCGUGCAAGCAUAUCAGCAUAGUCUUCCUACUACUUCGAACCCAGGAACAUGGCCAUUAAUUCUCUCCCAUAAUCUUGAUGUUAAUCCUUCAUCUGUACAAGAUUCUCUACCAGAAAUAAAAGACAUGAAACGAGGCCCCAUGCCAACCCCAAGGACAGCUGUUGAAACUGACCGCAACAACUCGCAUGCGGAUGAAAAUAACAUAGAAUUUCCACCAGUUGCUCAUUUCAACAGUAAUCACUUGGUGCCACAAAAUUCAAGUUUGCAUCAAGAACUUAGCCUACAAAGCUAGAGUUCAGUCUUAGAUCGAAUUGCUUUGUUGAUUGCACUUAUUUUUUUGGUCUUACUUUUGCUUGGUUGUGUUAUAAGUUACCACUGCUAUUUAGUAACUGAUGCUUGCCGAAAAUACACUGUAUACUUUGUUUGAA